AUGGCAGAAGGUGCCGAUGGAGAGGAAGAGAUUCAGUUCUUGCGAACAGAUGAUCAUGUGGUUCUACAGUGCACGGCCUCCAUUCUGAAAGAGCAGAUCAAACUCUGCCUUUCAUGCGAAGGAUUUGGGAAUCGUCUCUGCUUUCUGGAGACAACCUCCAACGCUCAGAAUGUCCCACCCGAUCUGGCCAUCUGCUGCUUCAUACUGGAACAGUCCUUGUCCGUGCGGGCGCUACAGGAAAUGCUGUCCAACACUUCUGUGGACGAGUCGUCACAAGGUGGGGGCCAUCGAACUCUGCUGUAUGGACAUGCCAUUCUCUUGAAACACACUCAUUCAAGCAUGUACUUGAGCUGUUUGACGACGUCACGCUCACUCACAGACAAGCUUGCGUUUGACGUGGGUUUGCAGGAGGACUCCACAGGGGAAGCCUGCUGGUGGACCAUCCAUCCAGCCUCCAAGCAAAGAUCUGAAGGAGAGAAGGUCCGAGUUGGAGAUGACCUAAUUCUUGUCAGUGUUUCAUCAGAGAGAUAUCUGCACUUGUCCUAUGCCAGUGGUGACUUGAUGGUCGAUGCGUCCUUCAUGCAAACCUUAUGGACUAUGACCCCUGUGAUGUCCGGUUGCGAACUAGCUGAAGGUUUUCUGACUGGAGGGUAUGUGCUUAGACUAUUCCAUGGUCACAUGGAUGAAUGUUUGGCCAUCCCAGCGGCUGACCAAGGGGAUGACCAGCGCAGAGUUGCUCACUAUGAAGGAGGAGCUGUUUGCAGUCACGCUCGCUCCUUGUGGCGACUUGAGCCUCUGCGUAUUGCGUGGAGCGGAGGUCACAUUAAAUGGGGUCAGUCGUUCAGAAUACGUCACAUAACAACAGGAAGAUACCUUCUCCUGGAUGAGGAAAAGGGUCUUUUAUUGGUAGACCCUGAGAAAGCCAAUUCAAAAAUGGCAGCCUUUUGCUUCAGAAUUUCCAAGGAAAAAAUUGAAGUUACCCAGAAGCGGGAUGUGGAAGGCAUGGGAAUUCCAGAGAUCAAGUACGGAGAGUCUAUGUGCUUUGUGCAACAUGUCUCUUCUGGUCUCUGGCUCACAUAUGCAGCUGUGGAUGCCAAAUCUGCCCGUUUAGGACCACUGAAGAGAAAGGCCAUCCUCCAUAAAGAAGGUCACAUGGAUGACGCACUGACAGUUGCCCGUUCUCAGACUGAAGAGUCUCAAGCUGCCCGAAUGAUUUACAGCACAACAGGCCUCUUCAACCAAUUCAUCAAAGGCCUAGAUGCCCUGAAUGGAAAGAACAAAUCUGCAAACCCACCUAAUCUGCCAAUGGACACAGUGGUGCUAUCACUUCAGGACCUGAUUUUUUACUUCAGACCCCCGGAGGAAGAGCUGGAACAUGAGGACAAACAGUUCAAGCUCCGUUCCCUCAAAAACAGACAGAAUCUUUUUCAAGAGGAGGGUAUGAUCACCCACGUUCUGGACUGUGUUGAUCGGUUGAAUGUCUACAACACAGCCGCCCAUUUCUCAGAAUACGCUGGUGAAGAAGCUGCAGAGUCGUGGAAGGAGAUAGUAAAUUUACUGUAUGAAUUGCUAGCUUCUCUCAUCCGAGGUAAUCGCUCAAACUGUGCACUUUUCUGCGACAACCUCGACUGGCUUGUUAGUAAACUGGAUCGUUUGGAGGCAUCAUCAGGGAUCCUGGAGGUGUUGUAUUGUGUUCUGAUUGAAAGCCCAGAGGUGCUGAAUAUCAUUCAGGAAAAUCACAUCAAAUCCAUCAUUUCCUUGCUUGAUAAACAUGGACGCAAUCACAAGGUCUUGGAUGUGCUCUGCUCUCUAUGUGUAUGCAACGGCGUGGCUGUAAGGUCAAACCAAAACCUGAUUACAGAGAAUUUGCUUCCUGGUCGUGACCUCUUACUUCAAACCAAUAUUAUUAAUUAUGUUACUAGCAUGAGACCCAAUAUUUUCCUUGGAACAUGCGAAGGGUCCACACAGUAUAAAAAGUGGUACUUUGAGGUGAUGGUAGACCAUGUGGAACCUUUCCUUACUGCUCAGCCAUAUCAUCUGCGCGUGGGCUGGGCCCUCACCGAGGGAUUUAGUCCGUACCCAGGUGGAGGGGAAGGCUGGGGUGGCAACGGUGUCGGGGAUGACCUCUACUCAUACGGUUUUGAUGGGCUUCACCUCUGGUCAGGACGUGUUCCACGUCAUGUUGCCACACCCAAUCAGCACAUUCUGGCAGCAGAGGAUGUAAUCAGUUGCUGUUUGGACCUAAACGUGCCCAGUAUUUCCUUCCGCAUCAAUGGUCAUCCUGUCCAAGGGAUGUUUGAGAACUUCAAUCUGGAUGGGCUCUUCUUCCCUGCUGUCAGCUUCUCUGCAGGCGUGAAGUUCCGGUUUCUUCUUGGAGGGCGCCAUGGUGAUUUUAAGUUCCUUCCACCUCCAGGCUACGCUCCGUGUUACGAAGCCGUUCUGCCCAGAGAUCGUUUGCGGAUUGAACCCAUUAAGGAGUAUAAGCAUGACUUUGAUGGUGUUCGAAACCUCUUGGGUCCAACACAGUCCUUAUCGCACACAGCCUUCACUCCUUGCCCCGUGGACACCAUACAGAUUGUUCUGCCUCCCCAUUUGGAGCGUAUUCGUGAGAAGCUAGCAGAGAAUAGUCACGAGUUAUGGGGUGUGACUCGUAUUGAACAGGGGUGGACCUACGGACCAUUUCGAGAUGAUAACAAGAAGCUCCAUCCUUGCCUGGUGGAUUUCCAAAGUCUACCAGAACCUGAGAAAAACUACAAUUUGGCAAUGUCCGGAGAGACUCUCAAGACUUUGUUGGCACUCGGGUGCCAUGUAGGAAUGGGAGAUGAGAAGGCAGAAGAGAACCUGAAAAGAACCAAGCUUCCAAAAACAUACAUGCAGAGCAAUGGCUAUAAACCAGCUCCGUUGGACCUCAAUCACGUCAAGCUGACACCUAAUCAGAACACUCUCGUGGAGAGAUUGGCGGAAAAUGGUCACAAUGUUUGGGCCAGAGACCGAGUGCGACAGGGCUGGACAUAUAGUAUUGUACAGGAUAUCAUGAACAAACGCAAUCCUCGUCUGGUUCCUUAUAACCUCUUGGAUGAGAAGACCAAAAAGACUAACCGAGAUACAGUUUGCGCCGCAGUUCGAACGCUAAUCGGCUACGGUUACAACAUUGAACCCCCUGACCAGGAGAGUGGCCCUGGAACAGGCAACACUCGUGGAGAUAAGAUCCGUGUGUUCAGAGCAGAGAAGUCUUACGGAGUCACGCAGGGGAAGUGGUACUUUGAAUUUGAGGCUGUGACAGUAGGAGAGAUGAGGGUGGGCUGGGCCCGACCAAGUGUUCGAGCCGACACCGAACUUGGUGCCGAUGAGUUGGCGUACGUCUUCAAUGGUUUCAAGGCCCAACGCUGGCAUGUGGGAAAUGAGUCAUUUGGUCGACAGUGGCAAUCUGGUGACGUGGUGGGUUGUAUGAUUGAUCUCACAGAGAUGAACAUCAUGUUCACACUCAAUGGAGAGAUGUUGAUCAGUGAUUCAGGUUCUGAGAUGGCCUUUAAGGACAUUGAAAUAGGAGAGGGCUUCAUACCUGUAUGCAGUCUUGGACUGUCCCAGGUGGGACGAAUCAACUUGGGUCAAAACGUCAGUAGCCUCCGCUACUUUACAAUCUGUGGGCUUCAGGAGGGAUUUGAACCUUUUGCCAUCAACAUGAAAAGAGACAUCACCAUGUGGUUCAGCAAGAGCCUCCCUCAGUACAUUGCUGUACCAACUGAUCACCCUCACAUAGAGGUGUCUCGUGUUGACGGAACAGUGGAAACUGCUCCCUGUCUCAAGGUCACCCACAAGACAUUUGGAUCCCAGAACGCUAACACGGAUUUGCUGUUCUUAAGGCUCAGCAUGCCAGUCGAAUUCCACGAGACUUUCAAAGUCCCUGCAGGGACCACCCUUCUCACUCGCACUCUCACUAUCCCUGAAGAAGAGGUCGUGGAGGUGGAUCCUGACUCCGAUUUUGAAAUACUCAAGAAAUCAGCCUCUCGUAAAGAGCAGGAAGAAGAGAAAAAAGAACCCUCGGUGCCGAAGGAGAUACCUGCCAUCAAAAAUGGAGAGAAUGAGAAGGACGCUUCAACUGAGAAGAGCAAGAAAAAAGGAUUCCUUUUCAAGGCCAAGAAGGCAGCAUUAAUCACCCCUCAACCUGUUGUUCCCACCAUGCCCCGCUUAGUGGAAGACGUCGUACCAGAUGACAGGGAUGACAUGGACAUAAUCCUAAAUACCACCACAUACUACUAUUCUGUGCGAGUGUUUGCUGGCCAAGAACCAAGCUGCGUUUGGGUUGGUUGGAUCACCCCUGACUAUCACCAAUAUGAUCUUCAUUUUGAUCUCAGCAAAGUCAGGAACGUAACGGUCACUGUAGGUGAUGAUAAAGGCAACAUCCAUGAUAGUAUAAAACGUAGUAACUGCUACAUGGUAUGGGGAGGUGAGUUCAGCAGCUCUCAACAGACCAGAGUGAGCCAGGAAGACUUUGUGAUCGGCUGCCUUAUUGAUUUGGACACUGGACUAAUGACCUUUACUGCUAAUGGAAAAGAGAUCAACACGUUCUAUCAGGUGGAGCCUAAUACAAAACUAUUCCCAGCAGUUUUUGUCUUGCCUUCCAGUCAGAAUAUGAUUCAGAUUGAGCUUGGUAAACUCAAGAACAUUAUGCCCAUCUCGGCCGCCAUGUUCCGUAGUGAACGCAAGAAUCCAGUGCCUCAGUGUCCUCCCAGAUUGGAUGUCCAAAUUUUAACUCCUGUCAUCUGGAGUCGCAUGCCAAACCAUUUCUUGGCUCCCGAGACAGGGCGCAUUAGCGAGAGACUUGGCUGGCUUGUUCAGUGUCAGGAGCCACUCGCCAUGAUGGCCCUCCAUAUUCCAGAGGAGAACAGGUGCAUUGAUAUCCUGGAGCUUUCCGAAAGAAUGGAUCUGCUGAAGUUCCACUACCACACGUUGAAGUUGUAUGGCUCAGUGUGCGCCUUGGGAAACAACCGAGUGGCCCACGCUCUUUGUAGCCAUGUUGAUGAAUCCCAGCUAUUCUACGCCAUAGAGAACACCUACCUUCCUGGUCCAAUGAGGAGCGGCUUCUACGACCUUCUCAUCAGCAUGCACCUAGAGUCUGCUAAGAGGAACCGCCUCGGAACUAACAAAGAAUUCAUUGUUCCAAUGUCAGAUGACACUCGCAGUAUCACUUUGUACUCUGUCAAGUCCCAUGCUUUACCUGGCGUCGGACUCACCACAUGCCUGCGUCCUAAACUUCAUUUUUCUCCUACUGGGUUUGUUGGAACCAACCCAGACAUCUACACACUGAGCCCAGUAAUUCCCUUGCAGGUGCUUAAAACCAAAGCAUUAACUAUGCUUAUAGAAGCCGUGCAGGAUGGAGGUCAAGCCAUGAGAGAUCCAGUAGGGGGUAGUGUUGAAUUCCACUUUGUUCCAAUUCUGAAGCUCAUCAGUACCCUGCUUAUUAUGGGAGUUUUUGACGAUGAAGAUGUCACCCACAUCCUGAAGAUGAUCGAGCCCACAGUCUUUAGUGAAGAAGAGGAGGAGUUUGAUGAUGAUGGCCUUGGAGAAGAGGAGGAGGAGGAAGAGUUAGAAGAAGAAGAAGAAUUGGAGGUGAUAGAAUCCAAAGGAGCAGAAGAAACAGAGAAAGAGAUUAAAUCUUGUGAGACCAGUGGUGAGCCCAAACAGGAACAUUUAGAGCAAGGAUUGUUCCAGAUGAAACUACCUGAGUCUGUCAAAUUACAGAUGUGCACUCUACUGCAAUACUUUUGCGAUUGCGAACUUCGACACAGAGUGGAAGCCAUUAUCGCAUUUUCAGACAAGCUAGUCAGCCAGAUCCAGUCCAACCAGAGGCAGCGGUAUAAUGAACUCAUGUUAGCCUUCACCAUGAGUGCCGCUGAGACAGCGCGCAAGACACGUGAAUUCCGCUCGCCACCACAGGAGCAGGUCAACAUGCUCAUGAACUUCAAGAACUGCGCAGAAGAUGAAGACUGUCCAGUUCCAGAUGAAGUCCGCGAGGCUCUCCAAGCAUUUCACAAUACUCUGCUGGGACAUUGUGGCGUUCAUAUUGAGGAGGAGGAGGAAGAAGAGGUGGUGGAUUAUUCUGUGCGUGGACGACUGCUCCGUUUACUGGAAAGGGUGAAGAAGAUCCGCCAGAAGAAGGUAGAGGAGGAACCUGAGCCAGAGGAAGAUAAAAAACCAAGCACACUGCAAGAGCUGAUUUCCCAUUCCACGAUUCAUUGGGCCCAAGAAUCCUUUAUCCAGAACCCAGAACUUGUUCGUAUGAUGUUCAGCCUCCUCCACAGACAGUACGACGGGCUGGGCGAGCUCGUACGUGCCCUUCCCAAGGCCUACACCAUCAACGCAGUUUCCAUUCAGGACACUAUGGAUCUGCUCGAAUGCUUGGGACAGAUACGUUCCCUUUUGAUAGUACAGAUGGGUCCAGAAGAGGAGAGGCUCAUGAUUCAAAGCAUUGGGAAUAUUAUGAGCAACAAAGUUUUCUAUCAACACCCAAACUUGAUGAGAGCUCUGGGCAUGCAUGAAACAGUCAUGGAGGUCAUGGUUAAUGUACUGGGAGGCGGAGACUCGAAGGAGAUCAGAUUCCCCCGUGUGGUAACAAACUGCUGUCGCUUUUUGUGCUAUUUCUGUCGCAUUAGCCGCCAGAACCAGCGCUCUAUGUUUGAUCAUCUCAGCUAUCUGCUGCAGAACAGCGGCAUCGGCCUUGGAAUGCGCGGCUCAACGCCCUUGGAUGUGGCGGCAGCCUCCUGCAUUGACAACAACGAGCUGGCGUUGGCUCUGCAAGAACAAGAUCUAGAAAUGGUAGUGAAGUAUCUAGCUGGAUGUGGGCUACAGAGCUGUCCAAUGCUGCUUUCUAAGGGCUACCCUGACAUUGGCUGGAAUCCAUGUGGUGGAGAAAAAUACCUUGAUUUCCUUCGUUUUGCCGUAUUUGUUAACGGGGAGAGUGUUGAGGAGAAUGCCAACGUGGUGGUGCGGCUCCUCAUCCGUCGGCCUGAAUGCUUUGGUCCAGCCCUCAGAGGCGAAGGUGGUAAUGGUCUCCUGGCUGCUAUUGAGGAAGCCAUCAAAAUAUCUGAGGAUCCUGCAAGGGAUGGCCCGAGUGUCAAGAAAGACAGGCGCUUCCCCAUGUUUGGAGGAGAGGAGCAGCAUGAAGAGAACAGGGUGCACCUUGGAAACGCCGUCAUGUCUUUCUACUCAGCACUGAUUGACUUGUUGGGGCGCUGUGCCCCAGAAAUGCAUCUGAUCCAAGCUGGAAAGGGUGAGGCUCUGAGGAUCCGAGCCAUUCUUAGGUCUUUGGUCCCUCUUGAGGAUUUGGUUGGCGUCAUUAGCCUUCCGGUUCAGAUUCCGUCUUUCGGAAAAGACAACAGCAUCAUAGAACCGAAGAUGUCAGCCAGUUUUGUGCCAGAUCACAAAGCUCCCAUGGUUCUGUUCCUGGACAGAGUGUAUGGUAUUGAUCAUCAGGAUUUCUUGCUCCAUGUGCUGGAGGUGGGCUUCCUGCCUGACAUGAGGGCUGCUGCCUCUCUUGAUACAGCUGCCUUCAGUACCACGGAGAUGGCGCUAGCUCUGAAUCGUUACCUGUGCUCUGCUGUGCUGCCACUUAUCACUAAGUGCGCCCCCCUCUUUGCUGGCAGCGAUCACCGAGCUAUUAUGAUCGAUUCUAUGCUGCACACAAUCUAUCGAUUGUCUCGCGGACGAGCCUUCACCAAGGCCCAAAGGGACAUCAUUGAGGAAUGCCUCAUGGCUUUGUGCAAGCAUCUUCGUCCAUCCAUGCUUCAGCAUUUGCUACGGCGUCUGGUUUUUGAUGUUCCAAUUCUAAAUGAGUAUGCCAAAAUGCCACUAAAACUGUUGACCAACCACUAUGAGCGUUGCUGGAAAUAUUACUGCCUCCCGAAUGGUUGGGCCAACUUUGGAGUUGCAUCAGAAGAAGAGCUGCACCUGACUCGCAAGCUUUUCUGGGGCAUAUUUGAGUCUCUUGCACACAAGAAAUUUGAUGCAGAGAUUUUCAAAAUCUCAAUGCCAUGCAUCUGUGCCAUCGCUGGCGCCAUUCCCCCAGACUACGUGGAUGCUAGCUACUCUUCUAAGACUGAAAAGAAGGCGUCAGUGGAUGCAGAAGGAAACUUUGAUCCAAAGCCAGUAGAGACAACAAACACAAUCAUCCCUGAAAGGCUGGAUGCUUUUAUCAACAAAUACGCUGAAUAUACACAUGAUAAAUGGGCUUUUGAAAAGAUCCAGAAUAAUUGGUCAUAUGGCGAGGUCCUGGAUGAAAACGCCAAAACUCACCCUAUGCUUAGACCCUACAAGACAUUCUCGGAGAAGGACAAAGAGAUCUACCGCUGGCCCAUCAAAGAGUCUGUCAAAGCAAUGCUCGCUUGGGAAUGGACCAUAGACAAAGCGAGAGAGGAGGAAGAGUCAGAGAAGAAGAAGGCAGCAUCGCGGAAAAUAUCACAGACGGCUCAGGCUACCUACGACCCAAGUCACGGUUAUAGUCCGCAGCCCAUUGACAUCACUCACAUGGCUCUCUCAAGAGAUCUGCAGUCCAUGGCUGAGCAGCUGGCAGAAAAUUACCAUAACACUUGGGGCAGGAAAAAGAAGCUGGAGCUACAAGCUAAAGGAGGUGGAACACAUCCACUUCUGGUGCCGUACGACACCCUGACAGCAAAAGAAAAGGCUCGAGACCGUGAGAAGGCCUAUGAGCUACUGAAGUUCCUACAGCUGAAUGGCUAUGCUGUCACAAGGGGCUUGAAAGAUAUGGAAUCCGACAUUUCCUCCAUUGAGAAAAGAUUUGCUUAUGGCUUCCUGCAGAAAUUGUUGAAAUGGAUGGAAAUUGCCCAAGAGUUUAUUGCUCAUCUCGAGGCAGUAGUAAGCAGUGGACGAGUAGAAAAGUCUCCUCAUGAACAGGAAAUCAAAUUCUUUGCAAAGAUCCUGAUGCCGCUCAUCAACCAGUAUUUCAAAAACCACUGCCUUUACUUUUUAUCAACACCCGCAAAAGUCUUGGGUAGCGGUGGUCAUUCAUCCAAUAAGGAGAAAGAGAUGAUUGCAAGUAUCUUCUGUAAAAUGUCUGCUCUGGUGAGACACAGAGUUUCUCUUUUUGGGACGGACGCGUCAGGCAUUGUUAACUGUCUUCAUAUUCUGGCCCGGUCAUUGGAUGCAAGGACUGUAAUGAAAUCUGGUCCUGAGAUUGUUAAAGCAGGGCUGCGGUCAUUUUUUGAGAGUGCUGCCGAUGAUAUUGAGAAGAUGGUGGAAAAUCUGAAACUGGGCAAAGUGUCUAAAGGGAAUCAGCAAGUGAAAGGCGUGUCCCAGAACAUCAACUACACCACCAUCGCCCUGCUGCCGGUCCUCACGUCCCUCUUUGAUCACAUUGCUCAGCAUUUAUUUGGAGAUGAUGUCAUGUUGGACGACUUGCAGAUGUCAUGCUAUCGCAUCAUGUGCAGCAUAUACUCCCUCGGGACCGUUAAGAAUCCACACGUUGAGAGACAGAGACCAGCUCUUGGAGAGUGUUUGGCUCACUUGGCAGCAGCCAUGCCAGUGGCCUAUUUAGAGCCCUAUCUAAACGAAUUCAACGCUUUCUCUGUUUACACCACAAAAACUCCCAGAGAAAGAGCCAUACUCGGCCUCCCUAACGAAGUCCAGGAGUUGUGUCCGGACAUCCCAGAGCUGGAUUCUCUUCUAAAGGAAAUUGGCGACUUGGCAGAGUCGGGCGCUCGCUAUACAGAGAUGCCUCAUGUAAUCGAGAUCACUUUGCCCAUGUUGUGCAACUACCUGCCUCGUUGGUGGGAACGAGGACUGGAGAACUUCCCUGAGAUGGAGGGCCAGCUUUGCACCGCGGUCACGUCGGAACACCUCAAUCAGUUACUGGGGAGCAUCAUGAAAAUUGUAGUCAACAACCUGGGAAUAGAUGAGGCCUCUUGGAUGAAAAGGUUGGCUGUGUUUUCACAGCCCAUCGUGAGCAGGGCCAAACCAGAAAUGCUGAAAUCACAUUUCAUCCCAACAAUGGAGAAACUGAAAAAGCGGACAUCUAAGGUGGUGGCCGAAGAAGACCACCUGCGAAUGGAGGGCAAAUCAGAAGGUGACGAGGAAGACGGCACCAUACGGGAUGAGUUUGCUGUCCUCUGCCGAGACUUGUAUGCUCUCUACCCCCUCCUCAUCCGCUAUGUGGACAACAACAGAGCGAGGUGGCUAACCUGCCCAGACCCAGAUGCUGAGGAGCUCUUCCGCAUGGUUGGGGAGGUCUUCAUAUUCUGGUCUAAAUCUCAUAACUUCAAGCGUGAGGAGCAGAACUUUGUGGUGAUGAAUGAGAUCAAUAACAUGUCAUUCCUCACUGCGGACAGCAAGAGUAAAAUGAGUAAGGGCGGGGACUCAGAGGGCGGAGGCUCAGAUGCAGAGCGUACCAAGAAGAAAAAACGGGGGGACCGCUACUCGGUGCAGACUUCGCUCAUUGUGGCCGCUCUGAAGAAGAUGCUCCCCAUCGGCCUCAACAUGUGCUCACCUGCCGACCAGGAGCUUAUCAAUUUGGCAAAGAUUCGAUAUUCUUUGAGAGAUACUGACGAAGAAGUGCGAGAGUUCCUGCAGAAUAAUCUCCACCUGCAGGGAAAGGUCGACAACCCAUCCAUGCGCUGGCAGAUGGCCCUCUACAAAGAAAUGGCAGGAAAGGCAGAGGAUGCAGAUGCACCAGAGAAAGUAGUCAAAAGAGUGCAGGAGGUUUCCGCUGUUCUCUACCACCUUGAAGUGACGGAGCACCCAUUUAAAUCUAAAAAAAUGGUGUGGCACAAACUGUUAUCCAAGCAGAGACGUAGGGCUGUUGUUGCUUGCUUCAGGAUGACACCAUUGUACAAUAUCCCAAGGCACAGAGCUUCCAAUAUGUUCCUUGAGGGAUACAAACGCAACUGGCUUCACACUGAGGGUUACGCUUUUGAGGACAGAAUGAUAGACGACUUGUCGAAAGCAAUGGAGCAAGAAGAAGGAGACGAAGAGGAGGAGAAAGAAACAAAACCGGAUCCCCUUCACCAGCUUAUUCUGCAUUUCAGUCGUACUGCGCUCACAGAAAAGAGUAAACUAGACACGGAUCAUCUUUAUAUGGCAUAUGCCGAUAUAAUGGCAAAAAGUUGCCAUAUUGAUGAGGAAGAAGAGGGGGGAGAGGAAAUGUUGGAAGAGGCUGAGGAUGAGAUGUCCUUUGAGGAAAAAGAAAUGGAGAAACAAAGACUCCUUUACCAGCAGUCCAGGCUUCACAAUCGUGGAGCUGCAGAGAUGGUCCUGCAGAUGAUCAGCGCCUGCAAAGGUGAGACAGGCCCAAUGGUGUCCACAACCCUCAAAUUAGGUAUCUCCAUUCUUAAUGGAGGAAACAGUGAGGUUCAACGGAAAAUGUUGGAGUACCUGAGAGAUAAAAAGGAUGUUGGCUUCUUUUUGAGUGUCCAAGCCUUAAUGCAAACAUGCAGUGUCUUGGAUCUGAAUGCUUUUGAGAGGCAGAACAAGGCAGAGGGGCUGGGUAUGGUCUCAGAGGAAGGCACUAGUAAUUCAAACCGAGCAUCAAAGGUCAUGGCAGAUGACGAGUUUACUUGUGACCUCUUUCGCUUCUUGCAGCUGCUCUGUGAGGGUCACAAUAACGACUUUCAGAACUACUUAAGGACGCAAAUCGGAAGCACAACAACUAUUAACAUCAUCAUCUGUACAGUCGAUUACUUGCUCAGACUGCAGGAAUCGAUCAGUGACUUCUACUGGUAUUACUCUGGCAAGGACAUCAUCGAUGAGCCAGGAAAGAAGAAUUUCUCUAAAGCGAUGACAGUCGCCAAACAGAUUUUUAACAGUCUCACUGAAUAUAUCCAGGGGCCUUGCACUGGAAACCAACAGUCUCUGGCCCAUAGCAGGCUUUGGGAUGCUAUUGUGGGGUUUCUUCACGUCUUUGCUCACAUGAUGAUGAAGCUGGCUCAGGAUUCCAGCCAAAUUGGUCUGCUAAAAGAGCUUUUGGAUCUACAGAAAGACAUGGUGGUCAUGUUGCUCUCACUGUUAGAGGGGAAUGUGGUGAAUGGCACCAUUGCCCGUCAGAUGGUGGACAUGUUAGUGGAGUCAUCCAGCAAUGUUGAGAUGAUCCUAAAGUUCUUUGAUAUGUUCCUUAAACUGAAAGACAUCGUGGCGUCCGAUGCCUUCCGGGAUUACAUCACAGACCCUCGAGGACUUAUCUCCAAGAAGGACUUCCAGAAGGCCAUGGACAGCCAGAAGCAGUACUCUCCAUCGGAGAUCCAGUUCCUAUUGUCUUGCUCGGAAGCGGAUGAAAACGAUAUGAUCAACUACGAGGAGUACGCCAGUCGCUUCCAGGAACCCGCCAAGGACAUCGGCUUCAACAUCGCCGUGCUGCUCACCAACCUGUCCGAGCACGUUCCCCACGAUACGCGACUGCAGAACUUCCUGGAGCAAGCCGAGAGCGUGCUCAAUUACUUCCGUCCCUUCCUGGGCCGUAUCGAGAUCAUGGGCGCCAGUCGCAAGAUCGAGCGCAUCUACUUUGAGAUCAGCGAGGUCAACCGCCGACAGUGGGAGAUGCCUCAAGUCCGAGAGUCUAAGCGGCAGUUCAUCUUCGACGUCGUCAAUGAAGGUGGCGAGUCGGAGAAGAUGGAGAUGUUUGUGAACUUCUGCGAGGACACCAUCUUUGAGAUGAAUAUCGCCUCGCAGAUUUCCGAGCAGGAGGAAGAAGAAAAGGGCGAGGAGGAUGACGAGGGAGAGGAAGUCGCCGGGGAAGGUGGAACAGGAGCGAAUGUUGGUGCAGGAGAAGAAGACGCCAACGGGGAAGAAGCUCCGCCCGAGUCCAGCUCGGCAUUUGCGGACUUCAUUAACAGCAUGUUGAGCUUCUUCAGCAUUUUCACCUUCCGUAAUCUCCGUCGGCAAUAUAGACGCGUAAGGAAAAUGACCAUGAAAGAGAUCGUGGUGGCCUUGUCAACCUUCUUCUGGACCAUCUUAAUGAGCAUCCUGCACUUCUUCUACAACGUAUGCAAAGGCUUCUUCAUGAUAAUCUGGCAUGCCCUGUUUGGAGGCGGUUUAGUGGAAGGAGCUAAAAAUAUCACGGUGACGGAGAUUUUAGCCAGCAUGCCGGAUCCGACUCAGGAUGACGUGCACGGAGAUGGACCGGGAGAACCGGGGAUGGGGGAGGAACAAGAUACGGGCGGAGUUACGGACACUGGAGAUACAGGAAGUGGGGAAGAGGAAGAGGAGGAUACUCAGGAGAAGGAAGGGGGAAGAGUUCCUGGUAUAGAUGCUCCUGGUGGACUUGGUGACAUGGGAGUCGAGGCGACGGUUGAGCCGCCAACCCCUGAAGGGACACCUAUAACUAAGAGGAAAAUGCAGCCAGAAGAAGCUGAUGCCAGCCAGAAGCCUCCAGAACCGGUGCCAGUUGAGGAAACUCUUCCAGAACCAGAGAAGGCCGAUGUUGAGACUGGAGAGAAAGCGGAGAAGGAAUCUGAGAGUCAUGCAAAAGAGGGUGAGGAUGAACCCAAGAAAUCUGCAGUCAAAAAAGAAAAGAAACCUAAGAAAGGAGGAGGAUUCCAGAUCUGGACUGAGCUGGAAACACAGAGAAAUAAAUUCAUGAAUUACCUUUCCAGAAACUUCUAUAACCUGCGAUUUCUAGCGUUGUUCCUUGCUUUUGCAUUGAAUUUCAUUCUGCUCUUCUACAAAGUGUCUGACAGCCCACCUGAAGGCGAAGACAUGGAAGAAUUGGAGCUAGCAGAGGGAAGUGGGUUCUUCGAAGCCUCUGGUCUAUUCGAGGGUUCUGGAGAUGAAGCUGACGCUUCCGGAAUGAACGAAGGAGAUGACGAUGAAGAAGAUGUGCCGCUGUAUUUCUAUUUAGAGGAGAGCACCGGGUACAUGCAGCCAACGCUGUCUUUUCUCGCCAUUCUGCACACAGUCAUCUCAUUCAUCUGCAUCAUUGGCUACAACUGCCUCAAAAUUCCACUGGUGAUCUUCAAAAGGGAGAAGGAACUUGCAAGAAAGCUGGAGUUUGACGGCCUCUACAUUACGGAGCAACCAGAAGAUGAUGAUAUUAAGGGCCAGUGGGAUCGACUGGUCCUGAAUACUCCCUCUUUCCCAAACAACUACUGGGAUAAAUUUGUCAAAAGAAAGGUUCUGGAUAAAUACGGAGACAUUUAUGGCCGAGAAAGAAUUGCUGAACUGCUGGGUGUCGAUUUGGCGUCUUUGGAUGUGAGUCAGCAACAUGAAAAGAAACAAGAGGAAUCAGACAAUUCAACAUUUUCAUGGGUAACUGCCAUUGACAUCAAGUACCAGAUCUGGAAGUUUGGUGUUGUGUUCACAGAUGGUACCUUUCUUUACCUGUGUUGGUACCUGAUUAUGUCCCUGCUUGGUCACUACAACAAUUUCUUCUUUGCGUGCCACCUGCUGGAUAUCGCCAUGGGGGUCAAGACCUUGCGCACUAUCCUGUCUUCAGUCACACACAAUGGGAAACAGCUAAUGAUGACAGUGGGCUUGCUGGCAGUAGUGGUGUACUUAUACACAGUAGUGGCUUUCAACUUCUUCCGCAAGUUUUACAACAAGAGCGAGGACGAGGAUGAACCUGAUAUGAAAUGUGACGAUAUGAUGACGUGCUACCUGUUCCACAUGUAUGUGGGCGUGCGCGCCGGCGGAGGCAUCGGCGAUGAGAUCGAGGAUCCCGCCGGAGACGAAUACGAGUUAUACCGAGUGGUCUUUGAUAUCACGUUCUUCUUCUUUGUCAUUGUCAUCCUGCUUGCCAUCAUCCAGGGUUUGAUCAUCGACGCAUUUGGAGAGCUCAGAGACCAACAAGAGCAGGUUAAAGAAGAUAUGGAGACUAAAUGCUUCAUUUGUGGUAUUGGGAGUGAUUACUUUGAUACAACUCCACAUGGAUUUGAGACACACACGCUGGAUGAGCACAACCUGGCAAAUUAUAUGUUCUUCUUAAUGUAUCUUAUCAACAAAGAUGAGACUGAGCACACUGGACAGGAGUCAUAUGUUUGGAAGAUGUACCAAGAACGUUGCUGGGAUUUCUUCCCUGCUGGAGACUGUUUCCGAAAGCAGUAUGAAGACCAGCUGUCUUAG